AUCGGUUGCUUAACCAGAAUUCUUUCGUCGAAGCUCCACAGGUAUCCGUGUCGAUCUGAUCUCUCCUUUUCUGAGUUCUUUCCUCCGUUUCUUAGUUUCUCCUCUGGAAGUUUGUGGUCUCUGUUUAUGUGAUACCUACUAAUUACGAUCUGAGUUCCAAUUAUGGAUAGCGAUUACAAGAACAGAGGAGUUUCAGCAUACGAUUCACACGUUCAAAUGUACAGGACAACAUCAACAUCAUCAUCAAACACAAGCACUUCAACUAGCCAUCCGCAAUAUGGAUCGUCUCCUCUCUAUCCCAGACUUGGUCAGUCCGGCCAUAACGUUAUCCCUCCCACAGCCCGAGGUUCUUCUUUUCACCAGUCCUCUGCACCCUCAUCUUCUUCGUCUGGAUUUGGCAUUAGGGUUCAAAUAAAACCCGAGUUCCGAAUAACUGCCCCGCCCCAGUUGUCCCAAGUCCGAGAUGUCCCCCGGAGCACAUUUCAGUUUGACUUUGACCUCGAAAAACGAGUACUUGCCGAAGCAGAGAAGGAGAAUCCUAAUUGGAGCAGACUUGUGAUGGAACACAUCUCGUCUAAACCUGUGGAGUCAUCUCCGUCUUUGGGCUCUUCUGCCAUAGAUCCGGUUGUGAGCAAAUACAUUGCAUCAGGACUCAGUCGAGAAGCUGUACCGAUUGCAGUUGCGAACUAUGGAGAUAAUCAAACUAAGGUUCGUGAAUUUGUUAAUGCUUACAAUCUGCUGCGUGAAAUGGGUUUCUCCUCAAACAGUGUUGCUGAAGCCUUGGCCAUGUAUGAUAAUGAUACCGACAAGGCAUUGGCAUAUUUUCUCAACAGUUCAUAAUGAUGCCAGAAUAGAGUUGUGAAUCUUGUAUGACAUGAUAUAAACAAGACAUUGGCACAUAAUCUCAACAUUAAACCUGAACUAUUUCUGGAAAUAUGGGAUGUUUCUCAUGGUAGUAUUGAGUUAUAGAUUUUUUCUGUAAGCGUGGUGAUCCAGAGUACCAUCAUCUGUUAUUCAGAUUAAGAAUUCUAUUACUGUGGUUCAUUGUAAUCUAGUAGCUGGUUGUAGACCUUGUAAAUUUCAUGUCAUGAUCUGAAUUUACUAAAGUUUGGUU